AGCUAGUUCCUGACUGUGUGACGAUGGAACGAAUGACGAAGACACGUUUUUGGACAGUGAUGAGUAUUUAGUUUGCGUUCGCUGCGCCACACUGUAACGACAACUGACCCGUGAUCGACUUGUUACAACUUCCGCAAUUAUUUGCGCCAACUUCCAGCAAGUUGGAGCCGUUCGAGUGUGCGACCCGCCAAAAAUUCAGCAAGCUCCGUGAACCAUUUUGUCGUCCGUUUUCUUCCCGUGAGCGAGCAUGAGCGGCGGCUUCAACUUCGGACAGCCCUCCACGGGCUUUUCUUUUGGGGUCGCGAAGACCACAGCGCCCGCGGCGUCCACUGCGGGCUUCGGCCUCACAACGUCUACUCCCGCAGGCAGCAGCGGCGGCGGCGGCGGCUUCUCUUUCGGCUCGUCCGCCCCAACCGUAGUUAGUAGUAACCAGUCCGGCGGUUUUAGCUUCGGCACCUCAGCGAAGAGCACCGCUGCCGGCGGCAGCCUCCCGUUCGGGACCACCCCUGCCACCACGUUCAGCCUGGGUUCCACUCCUCAACCCGCCUCGGCUGCAGGUCUCAGCCUGGGCUCCACCGCGGCACCGGCACCGGCGUCUGGCUUCAGUCUGGGCUCGGGCAUGACCGCACCUGCCGGAGGAGGCUUCUCCUUUGGGACCUCAGCCCAAGCCCCGGUGCAAACCCAACCAGCAGCUCCUGCACCAGCAACCACUACAAGUGCAUCAGUAGGCCUCUCAUUCGGAGGCUUCAGCUUCGGUGGAAACAAGGUCCAGGUCACCACAGCGGCACAAUCAACAAGUGCACCAGGAGGAGGCUUCUCCUUUGGGUCAAGUGCUGCCCCAAACCUCACACUGGGUGCCCAGCCCACAUCCACCAUUGUAGCCACAGCUCCACAGGGUGGAGGUUUCAGCUUGGGGAUUAAACCCUCGUCAACUCCAGCCCCCCCUGCAGUGACCCAGAUGGCUCCAUCUCUGGCUCCAUCUCUGUUCUCGGCCCCGACGACCACCACCACAACAACCGCCGCCGCACCCGCCACAGGUUCCGGUUUCACUUUCGGUGCCGCUCCCGCUCAGGCUGCCGCUCCGGCUGCGACGACCACCGCGGCCAGCGGAGGUCUGUCCUUCUCACUUAAACCUCUUGGAGCAGCCACCUCCAGCGCAGCCCCAGCCUCCUCAGCUGCGGCCGUCGCGUCUGCCUUCUCGCUGGGACUCAAACCCGUGUCCGGCACUGUCACCGCGACCGCAGCUAUAGCGGCAGCCACCCUCCCAAUCGCCACCGCUCCUGCCGUGAUGACCUACGCCCAGUUAGAGGGCCUCAUAAACAAGUGGAGCCUGGAACUGGAAGAUCAAGAGAGACAUUUCCUCCAGCAGGCCACUCAGGUCAACGCAUGGGACCGCAUGCUGGUGGAGAACGGCGAGAAGAUCACGUCCCUGCACAAGGAGAUGGAGAAGGUGAAGCUGGACCAGAAGAGGCUUAACCAGGAGCUGGACUUCAUCCUGUCCCAGCAGAAGGAGCUGGAAGACCUGCUGUGCCCACUGGAGGAGUCGGUGAAGGAGCAGAGCGGCACCAUCUACAUGCAGAACGCCGACGAGGAGCGCGAGAGAACGUACAAGCUGGCAGAGAACGUGGACGCGCAGCUCAAGAGGAUGUCGCAGGACCUGAAGGAGAUUAUCGAGCACCUCAACACGUCCAGCGGCCCUGCGGACACCAGCGACCCGCUUCAACAGAUCUGCAAAAUCCUCAACGCCCACAUGGAUUCGCUCCAGUGGAUCGACCAGAAUUCCGUUCUCCUGCAGAGACGAGUGGAGGAGGUCUCCAAACUGUGUGACAACCAGCGCAAGGAGCAGGAGAAGACCUUCCGUUUAACCUUUGACUGACCCACCCAAAAAAAAUGCUUUUCUGUGUUUAUUGGCAAAAAUAUUUUUGUCUUUGUAGGCAGUUAGUUCAAUUCCUGACCAAAGUGUUCAUCAUAAUUGGUGUUUACUUUUUUGUCCGCUGUCUUCCACGAUGCAUCAUUUUCAUUUUUUUUUUUUUUUUUUUUUUUCGACAUAAAAUCGAAGAUCUCUUCCCAUGUCA